GGCAAAUAGACUUAACAAAUCACUGUCUUCGGUCAUAGUAUGUGUUGUCAACGCUGAUUUUUUUUAGCCGUGAUAGUGACUAUUCAGCCAUUUAAGACAUUGAUAUCAAAUAGACCGCAUCGAUUUCAUACCGUAUAUGAAAAGAUACACUACCACAAAAUUUAUAAAUGGGGGCCUGCAAAUUUAUAAAUGGGUGUCAAAAAAAUGAAGACCUAAAAAAAAAGGUCCUCACUUUUGAAAAUCGAUUAUAUCUAGUGUAAAAUUUUCCAAAUCUCUCACAUUUGGAAUCCUAGAGGGGGGGUAAACCGGAAUACCCUCCCCCCUUGCACACGUGUGUGUAUAAUACAUAGCAAACAAUAACAUGGUUAUUUACUAUUGACAAACAGAAGAAAAAAAUCCGUGAAGAGAAGAAAUUUGAUUCUUUCUACUGUCAUACACAUAUGUUAAUAUAUAAUAACGUCUGUGUGAUCGCGAGCUAUAUAUUUCAAUGUUAUUUUGAUCGGUUAUUUCAGUUUUUAUUAGUUUGACAGACGCAUCUGAUCGUGCGAUCUUCGAUAUUUAUUCAAUCAUAGCGUAGAGGAGGUGAGUGGAAAAAGAUUUAAAAAAAAAAUGAAGCCGGUAUUAUAUUUGGAUAAACGAAGUCCACCGGUUCGAAGUGUACUGCUACUUAUUGAAGCCCUUGGAAUUGAUGUUGAAGAAAAAUUUAUUGAUCUUUCGAGAGGUGAACAUCUAAGCGAAAAUUAUUUAGAGAUUACACCAUUGCAUACAGUGCCGACGUUCAGAGACUCAAAUGUUACAUUGACCGAUAGUCAUGCCAUUUUGGUUUAUUUAUGUGAAAACUAUGGCAAAGUGGACAAUACCUUAUGGCCAUCACAUCCAAUCGAACGCAUAAACGUGUUGAAUAAAUUAUUUUAUAGCGGCACACUAUUAUUUCGACGUGACAGCGACGCAAUUGGACAAAUAAUCGUCAAUAAAUUGAAAAAACAACAGGUUGCAGAGCAUGCAAUCAAACUGGAAGAGCAAUAUAACAUUUUGGAAGAAUUCCUAACAUCGAAUAAAUUUAUUGCCGGUGAUCAUAUCACUAUAGCAGACUUGUCCAUUGUCACGAUUGUGAGUACAAUCGAUAUGAUAGUACCGGUGACAGCCGAAAAAUGGCCAAAACUCCAUAAUUGGUGGUACAAUCAUAUGCAAAAAUUACCAUAUUACGACCAAGCGAACUGCAACGGCUUAGCUGCUCUGAAGGAUUGGGUGCAGCGGAGCACAGACUUCGAAGUAAACAUGUAAUUGGUUUUCUAUGAAAUGAAGAAAAACCCAAACAUUGAGUGAUGUCAGAAAACACAACAUAUCUAAUCCGAUAGAUUUCCAUUGAUAAAUUCCAAAUUAAUUAUCAAUUUUCAAUUGAACUCUUGUAUUUUCCAAUAUGUACUGAAUAAAUAAACCUAUAAAUAAACCUAUAAAUAAACCCAACGAAGAAGCAUUGGUUAAA